GAGAAAGCGAAGUACUAACAAAAAGAGAGCCUUAAAAUCUCUCGACUCAAUAGCUCAAGAUUGCAAGUCCAGCUGUCUCUGAAUGGCCAUUGUGUUUUGCAUGGGUUACGUUGGACUUGCAUGGCCAUGACCUGUCCACCAGCCAAUCGACAAUGAUGGUUCUGGGUGACGCUAAACAAAACCCACAGGACGCCUCGCCGUCACCAUUCAAGACACUGCAUUAGUCGCCGGCACAAACACUCGCAAAUGGCCAGAAAGUUUGUCCCGCGCGUGAGAUGGCCUUGGUUGCCGUGUCAAGUUCCACAAUUGGCUGGUUCGCACGUCCUGCAAAUGAUGUCCAACACCAUCACACCAAGUCUUCAUGGCUGAGACCCCCACUAUCAAACUGCCAGUUGGUUGCUAUUCCUGGCCUGCCAUGGCCGACUUGGGGGUUCCAUGCCUCCCGUCUGACACAGGGUUCCCUGUGGAGGACCGUGUGAAGGUUUAUAUCGCUUGCAAGCUCCCCAUCCUCUUGAACAUUCUCCUUUCCACAUUUUCCGGGUUCCUACCUCUAACCACUGUGUCUACAUUCCAAGGGGCUGUUCUUCUGGCUGAAUUGCCAUGGAACCGGCCCGCUAGAUACAGUUGUGUUGAUGGAGUGGGUAGGCUCAGCGUUGAGGAAAUGGGCCGGGUCUUGCUUCCCGUGCGUUUUACCGGAAAAUGAGAGGCGCACUCCUAUUCAUCGGGAGCAAAGGCCGGGCGUGGAGCGAGUCGUCCCAAUCUACAAUAAUCAGCAACCGAAGGCAAUUCCGCCUAUGAAGCUGGUUAUCUACGGCGACUUGCCCAGUCCAAACGAGCCCCAUCCGCCCUUUCUGAACAUCUCCAAAUGGAAAACGGAGGGCAGGGACCUCGCGUCUAAAUUGAACAAACGAAAAGGCCUGCUGAGCAGGGUUUUGUCUACAAACGAACAAAAACGGCGCAUGAUAAGCGCGCCCACAAAUUUCAGGCGGGUUCCAACUCAAGUUAACCGACGUCUAUCUUUUCGACCUUUGGAGCUGAGUAUAUAUUUGCCUGGAAACCGACUUCCAGAUUUACCCGAAUUUUGUGAUUUCGACCUUGACGGUCCAAGGGUGCCGCCCAAGGCGAUAUGGUCCCCAUCCUUCAAUUCUCAUCAUCGUCGAUACUCCGACACACCUUCUACCUUCAGCGUUCCUCGCAAGCCAGUUGGUUCUCUAAGGAACAGAUCAUCUCUGAUCGGCGACCAAGAUAGUUUCAUCGGACACCGAAGUACGCUCUCCGACUCGAGGUUAUCUCAAUCCAUGUCUUCUCCUUCGAUAAAUAGAUUCAAUAGUAAACGGAUUGCGCUGCAUAAUAGAUCGCAGAGUUCACCCGUUGCUAGCCCUACGUCACCUAUAGGGUCAAACAUCAACGAGGAGACACCUCCUUUGGUUGGCGGAAAUCUGUUGUACUCCCCGGUGGCCAACUCAUCCGCUCCAUCAUCACCCCUUUCAGAUUUCGCCAUGUCAACCGUUCCCAAAACCCCUCCCACUCGUUCUGACUCGUUCGCACAUUGGCUUAUGAACUCCCCUUCAUCGCCAAAUUCUGUGCAACAAACACUUCCAAAACAUUCCUCAUCUUACACCAAACGAUGCCGCCAAAUUAGCGACUCCACUGUGUCAACAGCUACGUCCUUUACAGCUGCUUCUCGAAGGACGCACUCGUUGGCUAGUUCAAUGACAUCCGCUGGAACUCUAUAUCAGUCCACACCCGUCAGAGAUGUCAGUGACAAAACGUAUGAACUGCCGUUGGACAACGUCUCCAGAGGAAAACUAGACUAUCCACGCUACGAAGAAGUGUAUCCUACUAUUUACGAAAGCGGACAAUAUCGUUUUAGUCCAACGUUGCCAGACUCUCCACGGACAUUCGGUACGGCUGAUAUUGGGCUAGCUUUUUGACGUAUGACGUGUAGGAGUGGCAGAUGGACAUGAGUUAUUGGAAGACACUCUUGUGCUACGUCGACUCAAGAUUUUGAUAUGAUUUUUCAUCCGCGAAAAGCGGGCUAAUAUACUACUUCUAUUCUAUAUACCCGGUAAAUAAUGCCUUACUACUGGUACAUUCAGGUUUGCGAGGACAAAAAUUCAAUGGGGCGGCUAGAAUCAGAUUUGAUAGUUAAUCUCGGCUCUUCUUAAUCAAUCGUUCUCAAGCCUUUCCUGUUUA